AUAUAUAUAGACAUGUAAUCAAAGAGAAGAGUCAUGUGUAGAUGCUUGGUGGGUUGAAAAAAGAGAAACUGAGGAUGAGGAUGAGCAACGAGGUGCAGUUGAACUGUGGGAUAAAAAUACCCAUCAUUGGAUUUGGCUCUUACAGCUUCCACAACGAUAGAGAGAAAACUGAAUUAGCAGUCCAUAUGGCUCUCAAGAUGGGUUACAGGCACUUUGACACAGCAAAAAUAUAUGGGUCUGAACCUGCAGUUGGAAAGGCUUUAACAGAGGCGAUAAGGGAUGGAAAGAUAAAGAGAGAAGAGGUCUUUGUGACAUCUAAGCUUUGGGGAAGCGACCACCAUGAUCCUGUUUCUGCACUGAAGAAAACCUUAGAGAGGCUGGGGAUGGAAUAUUUGGACAUGUACCUAGUGCACUGGCCAGUGAAGUUGAAGGAGUGGGCAUGCUACCCUGUGCCAAAGGAAGAUGACUUCGAGCAAUUGGAUUUGGAGACAACUUGGAGCGGCAUGGAGAAGUGCUUGGAUUUGGGAUUGUGUAGGGGCAUUGGUGUCAGCAAUUUCUCCUCCAACAAGAUCCAACGCCUUUUGGACUUCGCCUCGGUUCCUCCCGCUGUCAAUCAGGUGGAAAUGCAUCCAAUGUGGAGGCAAACAAGGCUUAGAGAGUAUUGUGCAGAGGAGAAGAUCCAUGUGAGUGCAUAUUCACCCUUGGGUGGCCCUGGCAAUUUAUGGGGUUCUACUGCUGUGGUUGAUAGCCCCAUUCUUCACUCCAUUGCCCUCAAACACAAUGCCACUCCUGCUCAGGUUGCCCUAAAAUGGGGAUUAUCUAAAAGGUCAAGCGUGAUCGUGAAGAGCUUUAAUCAGCAAAGGAUGGAGGAGAACAUGAAAGCCCUUGAUCUCAAACUGGACGCCCAGGACUUGCUUGAUAUAGAGAAGUUGGAGGAGAGGAAGAUCAUGAGAGGAGAGGUUUAUGUUAAUGAAACAACUAGCCCAUACAAGUCAGUUCAAGAUCUGUGGGAUGAUGACAUUUGAUGACACAAACACCUGCUAUUUCACCAUAUAUUGUUUUCCUUUUCUUUCAUGAACUUGUCAUGUAAAUGUGGUUUCCCAUCCCAAUCCCAUUAGGUUGUGUUGCCUCUUAAGGCUGUAACUAUAACUACCCUUAUUUUUUUUUUUUUUUACUCAAGUUAUAAUUAAUAUAUAAAUGGUUAUCCCAGUGGCAUGAACAA